AUGGUAGAUUUUAUAAACGAAAAAGUUAGAAGUUUAGAAAGAGAAGUUGAAAAAUUAAAAGAAGAUAAAAAGGCGGUUGAAGAAAAUAAAACAAAUGAUAAAGAAGAACGAGCAAAAUUAUUUAAGCAACUUCUCCGUGAAAAAGAAAAAGUGGUGAGAUUAGAAGAAAGUGUAGAAAAAAGAGAACUUAAAGACCAAAUUAAGCAAUUAGAAAGUAAUUUAAAUGAAAAAGAGAACAGAGAAAAAGAAUUGAAUAAUAGACUUUCCCAAUCAAAAACCAGAGUUCAACAAUUAGAAAAUCUAAUAAAAAAUUUAAGAGCAAAGGAAAUUUCGCUUCAAUUUAAAGUAAGCGAUUUACAAAAAGAAACAAAAAAUUUGAUAAACGUCAACAAUAAACUAAGACUUAAAUUAAGCAAUCGUGGAAUUAAAGAGGAAAAAACUGAUCUUGAUGAUACGCCUUGGCAGGAAUGA